AUGCUUGAUUUUCCUGAUUUCCCUGAUAAUAAUCGUAAUAAACAACCUCCUAAUAAACGGAUGAAAGUUGAGAAUGCCGAUAAUGUUGAAGAUUUAAAUGUCAUGUAUUGGACACUAUGGGAUUCCUAUGUUCGUAUGGACCUGUCCAUUAUGUGGACCCCUGCGACCAAUGCUUGGAAAGAGGGCCUUGCACGCCUACUAGGACUUACACUCAUUUCAAAUGGACUUGCUUCCUAUUUCCGUGCAACUAAUUUUGAUAAAUGGAAUCACAUUAAUUGCUUAGAAUAUUUAGCGAAAGUGUGCAGAAAUCUAGUAUCAGAUGACCGUACUGAGAUUAUAAAUCAAUACAAAGCUCAACUUCGUUCAAUAAGCUCAUAUCCAUGGACGCUUCAAAAAGCAAGGAACAAAGCUAAUAAGAUGGAAGAAUGUGCCGAAAAUUCAUUCAAGCGCAAAGAUACUUUAUCGUUUUUUGAACGACUAGAUAUACAGGCAUGUUUAAUUUGUAUAUAUAAUUUACAUGCCGCCGACACAGAUGCCACCUACAAUCUCGUAAACGGCACUAAUGAACUUGUAAAUGCGAAAGGGAACCUGUUUGAGUCAAAGUUGAAGGUCAGCACGUAUAAUAAGAUUAUCGAGUCAGUACCAGAUGAAAAUCCGAUGGCAAGUCCCACCGAAUUUGCUAAUAAAAGGAAACACAAUGAGAAAGAAGAUACAUUUAAGACACCACCACCCACAUCUCCGAAUAAAGACUCUCUUCUUAGUACUCCAAAUAAGCGUCAGAUGUACCUUAACGCCAUGGAGAAUUCAUUAAAGCAUACUAAAGUUACUGUCCAGAAGCCUUCAUUGUGGACGGAAUCUUUAAAAAUUUAUAUUGACAAUGUUUUGAAGAAAUCAGGGGAUGAGUUUAAAGCGGAGAUCAUGCGUAAAAUCGAGGGCGACGAAGACAACAGAAUUCGCCUUUACUGCGAAAAAGUUUUAAUGGACUUAAGAAUAGGUGAAAGAAAAUAUAUUGUACAAAAUAUUUCCUCAUUAUUUAAAUAUUAUGAAUCCACCUUUGGAAAUUUAUGUUUCAACUGGAUUGAGUCACAUUCGCCAGCAUCAAAAUUAACAAAAUCACAUACUAGUUCAGGUAUUGUCAAGGUGGAUGCGAGAGGUGUCCGGUUAUUUGAUGAUAAGGAAAUUUUUCAUGUAGAG